AUGACACAAACCUCACUGCUUCCGGUGGUACAAUUGAUGAUGUUGAAAAUGCAGUGAACUCUGAUUUGGAAAACCUCAGAAUGUGGUUAAACGCGAACAAACUGAGUCUAAACAUUGCCAAAGCUGAAUUUAUGCUCAUAGGAUCAAGAUCUCUAGUGCAUACUGUUUCAGAUUCAAAUUUAAACAUAAUGAUUGAAAACAGACCAAUUAAACAAGUGAAGGAAUGCAAGACACUAGGAGUAAUAGUUGAUCCGCAUCUCUCUUGGAAAAGUAACACUGAGAGUAUCUGUAAGAAAAUCACAUCGGCCAUUUCUGUUAUUAGAAAACUAAAAGAAUUUGUUGACCGUGAUACACUUGUUUCUAUAUUUAAUGCAAUUGUACAACCAUACUUUACUUAUUGUUGUGAAGUGUGGGACAUUUUUGGUGAAACUCAAUCACAACGAUUACAAAAGCUUCAAAAUAGAUGCGCUCGAAUUAUUAUGGACAUGGGUAACGAAGUUAAUGCCCAAAUUGCAUUAAAUUCGUUAGGAUGGGAGACACUAAAAGUACAAAGAACUAAAGCUAAGGCAAAAUUAAUGUUCAAAAUUUUGAAUAUGUCUGGGCCUAAAAGCCUAACAGACCUUUUUACCUACAAGAAUGAGAAUACACAUUACUGUCUCCGUGACAAUGAAACAACACUCGUAUUGCCACAGCCCCGCACAAAUAGCAUGAAAAAGAGUUUUAUGUUUAAUGGGGCAAAAAUAUGGAACGCAGUGCCUAACGAAAUCAGAGGAAUUAGGUCCCAGUCUCUAUUUGAAAGAAAAAUUGCUGCUCAUGUUACUAAUUAAUAUAUUUAUACAUACAUAUAUAAAUCUUUUAUUGUAAAUAGUUAUCUAUAUGUUUUGUUAGUUGUCUAUAUUGUCAAUUUUAUCAAUUGGGACAGUUAGAUUAUUUCUAUUUUCUUUUAUUUGAUUCCAUAAGAGUCAUAUCAACACUUAUAUAUAAUAACUAUUGAACACACGCCCUUCGCGGAAAUCAAUAUUUUUAAUUGACGUAGUUAGCGUGUCAAAAUAAAAUCUAUCUAUCUAUCUAUCUAUCUAUCUUAAAAUGAUUGGUUUCUUCAAUACUAAAUAGCAAAUCACUAUUUACACUUGUCUGCUCAUCAGCAUUAAUUCGUAUAAAUGAAGACUCCCACAAGGCAUGCAUUAAUCCCAUUAUGCUAGUCCUUCUAUUAUAAAUAUAUUUACUGAAGUUGCAUGCCAUCAUGCUUGUUCCCACUUUAUUAAAAUGGAUUUUACUUUCAUUGAGAUGAUCAAAUGUAAUAUAUUAUUAUGGUAAAUGAAUUUCCAUUGUUGCUUGUGUUGGCAAGACUGCUUAUAAUAAGUACUCCAUUGACCUGAUUUACUUUAUUGGUUAAAAUCUUAUUAUCGACAGAGCGUGUAAUUAAGCCAGAUAUUAGCUACAAUCUUGGACAUAACUGGUUGAGACUAUUUUCCCCCCAUAGAAAAUUCGCGUAUUUUUAUGAUAAACUCCAUGUUGAAUCAUGUUGCCAAUCUUAUACCCCCGCUCCCCCAACUCAAUGUUGAGCUUGUAUCAUGGUAUAUUACCAAAAGUUGUUUCGGCGUUGUUCACAACAUUGAACUGGGGGGGACAGAGGGGGGGACAAAGUUUGUUUUGUCAAUGUUCAAUAACUUUGUAGUAUUAGCUGAAAUGGUCUCAAGGGUUUUGUCCAAGAUUGUCUGAAGCACACUGAAUUUAAUUGUGCAUUAUAACUCAAUCUUUUUUAAUUUUCUUCCACUCCAGUAGUCUGAAAGAUGGAUAUACACGUUACUUCUUGUUUUUCGAGUAAUAUAUAUAUUCGUUUGCAUGAAAAGCGAGCAAAAUAAUGCCUAUUCGAACUUGUCACAUCAUAAAAUAUAUGCAUGAAACGCAUGAAUUUUUCUUGUUGUUUCAUCUAAAUAUAUAGUUUUCUACUGCCAGAAGCGAGUAAUAUCAUGUUACUAGGGCAUAGAGGUCGAGACACAUGCAUUGGGAUUUAAUUCAAUUAUGCAUGUAAAUAUCACGUUCAAGUGUUGCUGUAUAUAGGUAUUUUUUAUAAGAUGACGUCAUUUGUUCUAUAGUUUAUCAGCCUCAAACUUGCUUUUAAAACUUAUAAUUUAACCCGAAAUUUUUUAUAUGACGGUUAACCAAGUAUAAUCUUUAUCGUGGUUUGAUAAAAGAACGGUAAACAGGCCAUUAGAACGGUAAACGGCGACUCCAAUUUAAAACAAUGACUAGACCUAUCAUUUACUAUAAUAUCUUGCUGCUAUCCCCGUUUACCGUUAAUAUCACAUCAAAUCUUUUCGUUAAUCGUUUGAAAUGUUCUUAUAUAUUAUUAUAAAAGGUUUAUGCUCCAAAAGUCAUGGCGAUAUACUCGUAUUUCUUUACUAUGGCCAAUUUGAACAUUGUACAGGCGACUCUUUGUUCCUCGUGGGGGGUCGCCAUACUAUAAUAACCUGUGAAAAGUGCCGAUUGCCUAUAUAAAAAUAGUGUGUAGACAACGUUUAGCAUGUCCAUGAUUCCAUUUCUUUUUAAACUCUGUAGCUAUGUUCUAUAGCAGUAGCUAAUUGGUUCAAAUGGACCAGGGAACGUUCGCACGUUAGAGUGAAUAGGCGUUUUCUGAGCAAACCAUGUUAUCAAGUUUGACCAAUUCGGUUACUUUUAGUGUUGGAUAUGUUUUUACAUUCACUAUACGAAGCUUUCAAUGAUGAUAUGGAAUAAGGUAGAAAUCAAGUUUACCAAAAAUCCAAUAAAUAAUUUACUUUCAUCCAGACGUGUAUUAUGUCCUCCUAAUUUAUUUCCCUUUACUUACAAUAUAAAUAUAGAUUUUGCAUCGCCUGGAACGAUUGCUAAUAUGGAUAAAAAUUUCGGUUACCUACAGUCCUUGCAGUGUAACAUAUAUUUAAUAAUUUUUCCUCCAUCGCAACACUAACUUAUCUGCCUUUCUAACCAUAACUCUCAAACAAUUGGUAUGCUUGUAAAAUUCCCAUAUUCAGACUGUCUGAAGCACACUGAAUUUAAUUGUGCAUUAUAACUCAAUCUUUUUUAAUUUUCUUCCACUCCAGUAGUCUGAAAGACGGAUAUACACGUUACUUCUUGUUUUUCGAGCAAUAUAUAUAUUCGUUUGCAUGAAAAGUGAGCAAAAUAAUGCCUAUUCGAACUUGUCACAUCCUAAAAUAUACGCAUGAAACGCAUGAAUUUUUCUUGUUGUUUCAUCUAAAAUAUAUAGUUUUCUACUGCCAGAAGCGAGUAAUAUCAUGUUACUAGGGCAUAGAGGUCGAGACAAAUGCAUUGGGAUUUAAUUCAAUUAUGUAAAUAUCACGUUCAAGUGUUGCUGUGUAUAGGUAUUUUUUAUAAGAUGACGUCAUUUGUUCUAUAGUUUAUCAGCCUCAAACUUGCUUUUAAAACUUAUAAUUUAACCCGAAAUUUUUUAUAUGACGGUUAACCAAGUAUAAUCUUUAUCGUGGUUUGAUAAAAGAACGGUAAACAGGCCAUUAGAACGGUAAACGGCGACUCCAAUUUAAAACAAUGACUAGACCUAUCAUUUACUAUAAUAUCUUGCUGCUAUCCCCGUUUACCGUCAAUAUCACAUCAAAUCUUUUCGUUAAUCGUUUGAAAUGUUCUUAUAUAUUAUUAUAAAAGGUUUAUGCUCCAAAAGUCAUGGCGAUAUACUCGUAUUUCUUUACUAUGGCCAAUUUGAACAUUGUACAGGCGACUCUUUGUUCCUCGUGGGGGGUCGCCAUACUAUAAUAACUUGUGAAAAGUGCCGAUUGCCUAUAUGAAAAUAGCUGUGUAGAAAACGUUUAGGAUGUCCAUGAUUCCAUUUCUUUUGAAACUCUGUAGCUAUGUUCUGUAGCAGUAGCUAAUUGGUUCAAAUGGACCAGGGAACGUUCGCACGUUAGAGUGAAUAGGCGUUUUCUGAGCAAACCAUGUUAUCAAGUUUGACCAAUUCGGUUACUUUUAGUGUUGGAUAUGUUUUUACAUUCACUAUACGAAGCUUUCAAUGAUGAUAUGGAAUAAGGUAGAAAUCAAGUUUACCAAAAAUCCAAUAAAUAAUUUACUUUCAUCCAGACGUGUAUUAUGUCCUCCUAAUUAAUUUCCCUUUACUUACAAUAUAAAUAUAGAUUUUGCAUCGCCUGGAACGAUUGCUAAUAUGGAUAAAAAUUUCGGUUACCUACAGUCCUUGCAGUGUAACAUAUAUUUAAUAAUUUUUCCUCCAUCGCAACACUAACUUAUCUGCCUUUCUAACCAUAACUCUCAAACAAUUGGUAUGCUUGUAAAAUUCCCAUAUUCAGACAAUCUUGGACAUAACUGGUUGAGACUAUUUUCCCCCCAUAGAAAAUUCGCGUAUUUUUACGAUAAACUCCAUGUUGAAUCAUGUUGCCAUUCUUAAACCCCCGCUCCCUCAACUCAAUGUUGAGCUUGUAUCAUGGUAUAUUACCAAAAGUUGUUUCGGCGUUGUUCACAACAUUGAACUGGGGGGAGGGGGGAACAAAGUUUGUUUUGUCAAUGUUCAAUAACUUUGUAAUAUUAGCUGAAAUGGUCUCAAGGGUUUUGUCCAAGAUUGUAGCACUACAAUGGAAAGCUACCAGGCUAGAUUUUGUCGCUGGUAGAUACCCUGAAGUAAGGAUAUAAAAUGCCGAGCGUAGAAGGAGGGCGUCGGAAGGUGUCCAGAGAGUUUACAUACUUAUCAAGGACCAAAGCGUCCCCAAACAGUGGAAGAAAUAUAUGAGCUGUGAAAAAAAUUAAGAAUCGUUGAUCGCAUUUCUGUGUGAUUAUUGGAGUACGUUAUUAUUGAACUUCAAUGUGAUCACGAAGAAAACGAUACAUGUUUACUUCUUCAUUCAAAUUGUGCAGCUGAAACUCAUGACACCAUCAUUGUUAAAACCCCGGACACGGACGUGUUUUUGCUUUGUAUUGCCAUGUGCAGGACGAUUGGCAAGAAAUUUCUCGUGAUGGUAGGGACAGGUAACAGAUUUCGAAUUAUAGAUACUGAUCAGCCAUAUCUGACGUACUUGGACAAGAGCUAUGCUCUUGCUUGCUGGGAUUUCAUUCCUUUUCAGGUACACAGAUUUUUUGUAUAUUGCAUAUGUUAGGUGUACGUGGUAAGGAAUUACAAAAACUAAAAGAACGAUUUUUUCUAUUUUGAUAGGGUGUGACUCCACAAGUGCCUUUUGCGGAAAAAGAAAAGCGAAGCCAUGUAAGAUACUUCAGAACAAUCCAGACUUCGUUCAAAGUUUCUGCGAUCUGAGAAAAUCGUCCACUCUAUCGCAGGAUCUUGUCAUGUCACUGAAUGUAUUUGUUUGUUUGCUGUACGGCGACAAAUCUUCAAAGCUAAGACUGUAGAUGAGUGCCGAUCCAGUCUUCAAAGCAGAAAUGUUCAGAUGAGACUCUUCCUCCGAACUGUGAUAGCCUGCUGAAACACAUCGAGUGAGCAAAUUUUCAAGCAGCUGCAUGGAGUCGUUUAUACCCCCAGUCACAACUUUUCCCCCCAGUAGGUAAUGGUUGGAGAUUAUCAGAUGGCCAACUAGAGAUUAUCUGGAUGACUCGUCCCUCUGCACCUGAUUCACUUCGUGAGUAUGUAGAUUGCAAGUGCAAGACGCGGGUUGUGGUACACAGCGCUGUUCCUGCCUAAAAGCGGGCUUAAAAUGCACUGAAUGUUGUCGUUGCGCAAAUUGCCAAAACAAGCACGAUGAAAACACAAAUGCGAAGGAAAUCAUCUGAUGCAGAUUCUUCGGACAGUGUAUGCAAAAGCGACUAUGAAUUAUUUGAAGAAUAAAGCAUCGAAAAGUUUACAAGUAAAUAGCGCGUUGUUUAUACUUUUUACUCUACACUUUGGUUUUGGUCAACUUCAAAGAUUAAAGAGGACAAAACACACCUACGGCUGGUCAAUCUCGUACCCAGAGCAAUGCCUGUGCGCGGGCUAGGAUGGCAUUGGCUCUGGGGAAAUUUACAACCGGAACCCCUAAAUAUAGGAGUUCCGGUUCUUUGCCGGCAUGCAUGAUUAAUAGACGUUAAACCAAUCACAGCACAGGAAAAAUUCAACUUCUCCAGAGCCAAUGCCAUCCUAGCCCGCGUACAGGCAUUGCUCUGGGUACGAGAUUGACGGCUGAUGCCAAGAAUUUCCAGGAAACAACGCUGAUGAAUUAUUGCGUGAAUAGUGAACAAAGCGACUGUUGUACAAAUGUUGGUGAGCUUUUUCAUUUUCUUUAAGGCAUCAUUUUCGUAUUGAUAAUAAUAAUUUUAUGGCUCAAAACAAUUGAGAAAAGAAAAAACAAUGCAAAUUGCGUAAAACCGCGCGAAAAUGCCACUGCCAAGAGACUGAAACUAGCGUAAUAGUUUAAUAUUACAUGAAGCAUUCAGCGGGAAAAUGGCGGAUACGUGAAUUCCAACGAGCGAAAUUUCUUGAAGUUUGGUCACGAAAUACUAAAAAACUGCAGGUAAGUACGCGUGACAACAACUGAAAUCGAAUUCAGCGUACAAAAAUCUAUAGUAUUUUGUAAAUUAAAAUUAGUGCCAGAGGUUGGACAACAACAUGAACGAAAAUCAAGCUCAGAAUACGGCCUAUAUGGACCAGAAAUCUGUAACUGCACUUAUACUAUUAGAUUUAUCGAAAGCAUUUGAUAGCGUACAUCACCCAACAUUGCUUAACAAGUUAAGACACAUUGGCGCAUCUCCUGAGGUACCACUUCACAGUGGUUCGAAAGCUACCUGUACUAAUAACGGGCACAUCACAAUUUGUCAGUAUUGGAACGUCUGUUUCGUCAUCUCUUGA